GUGCCCGAGAAACAGCGAGCGACGAAGGGGUCCGACUUACUUCAACAUUUUUUGCUAAUUACAUCACAAAAUAACGAUAUAUAUAAACCAGAUAUUAGUCGUGUGGAUGUUUAUAUAAGCUGCUUUCUGUCUCUCGAGGUCCAGCAGUGAAGCCGGUUGCGAUGGCGUCUCCAGGGGGACAAGGAGGAGGAGGAGCUCUGUCGAUGAGAGGAGGCAGCGGAGCCCGGAGGAUGAAGUGGGCUUUGGAGCUGAGCUUGGGCAACGCCAGGAGUCGUGCGGACCGACAGGGCGGUCAGGGAGACGUCGUUUACCCGAUCGGCUUCUCCGAGAAACCCGUCCCCGACACCAGCAUCCAGGAGACGGACAAGAACCUGGUGGAGAAGCGUUGUUGGGACGUGGCUCUCGGGCCCCUGAAGCAGAUCCCGAUGAACCUGUUCAUCAUGUACAUGUCGGGCAACACCAUCUCCAUCUUCCCCAUCAUGAUGGUGUGCAUGAUGGCCUGGAGGCCCAUCCAGGCGCUCAUGUCCAUGUCUGCCACCUUCAAGCUGCUGGAGAGCUCCAGUCAGCAGUGGCUCCAGGGCCUCGUUUACCUGGUCGGUAACCUGCUGGGCUCGGCGUUGGCCAUCUACAAGUGUCAGUCGAUGGGGCUGCUCCCGACGCACUCUUCUGAUUGGCUGGCUUUCAUAGGACCGCCCCAGAGGAUGGAGAUCAUGGGCGGAGGGAUGGUGUUGUGAAGAGGACGCGGUGUGAAAAUACCAGAUUCAAAUUAUUUACAGAUGUUUAUUUUCUGCACAUUCUUCACAACCGGUUCAUUCUCCACAGUUACGAGACUCUCUGCCACACACACGUUUUAUUUGCCUUUUUUUUUUGACAGAAAUUUUAAAUGUUUCAUUCUUUCGUUUUUCCAUCUUUGUUGCUCCCCGUUCAUAUUUUAAUAAAGGUUUAAAAGCCAGCAGAUGGUCAAGUUUAACUACUGUAUUUUUCUUUUUUAAGUUUCUUAUUUUACAGAUUACAGAACCAAGUUUUUGGGGGUUAAUGUCAUUAAAACAGAACUUUAUAACGACUAAAACUGGACGUACAGAUGUCUUAUUAGGUUUUUAUUCCAAUAGAGUAUUAUUCACUUCUUCUUUUUCUAUUCUUUUCUUUCUAAAUUUGUAGUGAAACUCAUGAUUUACGCACGCUAGCCAUCGACACUUACUAACCUGUUUUAAUGUAUGAGUCUGUUUAAUUUAUACUUGCAUGCUACAUGAAAACGUUCUAUUGAAUAAAUAAUCCUUACUGACUAA